AAGCUGCCGCAUCCACGCAUAACAAUUGCUUUCCCUCCACUCCAUAUUUUACAAGAGCCUUUUAUUAUUUUAACUUUCGCCUAUUCGAAAGCAAUGAACCUUAACUAACACUAGAGUUCCUCCGCAACUCCCUCGACGCGUCUCUCCACGCGCGUUUCUCGAGCAUCCCGCGCCCACAGCACACGAGCGAGCAGCAUGUACCUUCCACGAGGCUUGAUUGCACAGCUCUACCAGAAUCUGAUAAAGCGAAAUCAUGCUGCCGCGCCGCCCGUCUUACUCCUCGUCGCCCUCGAGCCCGACGCGCUAUGCGCAUGUCGCAUUCUCACCGCGCUACUAAAACGCGACUACAUCCCGCACAAGAUCCAGCCCAUUGCCGGCUAUGGCGACCUAUAUCGCGCUGCCGAAGAUCUGAUACGGCCUAUGCGGACUUCGGAAGGCGGGAGCGGAGGCGUCGUGGUGUGUCUAGGCGUUGGCGGCAUGGUGGAUCUGGAAGAGAUAUUCGGCAUGGAUGUGGAUGAGAACGGGCAUGGCGGAACUGGAGAUGUGGAGGUCUGGGUAGUGGAUGCGAGGCGACCGUGGAAUUUGUCCAACGUGUUUGGGACGCCGAUCGGUGAAGAUCUGGUGAGUGGGGAGCUGGCGAGGAAGAGAGCGGGAGUGGACAAGGGACGGUUGUUACAGUCCUAUCAAUCUACAAAAGGAGGGAUUAUAGUUUUCGACGAUGGUGAUAUUGAGGAAGAGCUGGAAGCGGAACGGGAAGCGUACUGCGCGCUUGAGGAGAUGCCGGAGGUCGGAGAGGACGCGGAUGUGGAAGACGAGGACAGCGCAGAUGAGGAAGAGCCUCCAGAAUCGGGUCAAGCUCCCAAAAAGAGGAAAUCAUGGGGCGACGAUGACGAGUCUGGCGAGGAUAUGUCCGACGACGAGCGACCGAGGCAAAGACGGAGGAGUAACUCAGGAGGCUCAAUACCAUCAUCACCCGAAAGGAGGCCACGGCGCGGUCUCAUGAUACUCGGCGGAUCCUCCGAUUUCUCGCGUUCAGACUCUCGCAGCCGAUCCGCAUCACCGGCCAUAGCCGCGCCGAUGGAGAAGUCUGUUAAGAGCCUCCGAAAACAGCUCAUGGUCAUGCGCCAAAAAUACACAAAGGUACUCGACAAGUACUACCAACUCGGCACGUCCUACUCCGAACCCGUAUCAUCCCUCGUCUACUCUCUAGCGUCCGAGCUUGGUCGAGAAGACAACGACCUCUUAUGGAACGCCAUAGUUGGCGUCAGCAGUCUCGAACUCUACGGCCGAACAGGUAGCGGUGUAGGCCUGAAUCCCCUCUCAGCGGCUGGUGGCUCAGCAGGCUGGAACGGCGAUCGAGGUGAACGCAUCCGGUCCGUCCUUCGCGACGAAGUACGCCGCUUGAACCCCUCCGAUUCCAGAGAUCUCGCCCGCGAAGCAAGCAUGGGUGACUCGACCGGCGCAAUACCAACCAGUGCCAGAUCCGCAACCGACAAAUCAAUACGGCUCUCACCCGAACCUCGCUUCCUCUUACUCAGACACUGGAGCUUGUAUGAAAGUAUGCUCCACUCGCCCUAUCUCUCCGCCCGCCUGCACAUAUGGAGCGAUGCCGGUCGACGGAGAUUAGACAAGCUCCUUGCCAAAAUGGGCGUCAGUCUCACGCAAUGCAAGCAGAACUACACGCACAUGGACAUGGAACUCAAACGGGGUCUGCGGGAACGCCUCCUCAAAUUCGCGCCCGUCUAUGGUCUCGAUGGACUCGUCCCACCCCCUCCCCGAAAUGGUGACAUGAAAGACGGUUGGGGCUUCGUCCGCUGCUGGGGCUGGAAAGCAUGCCUCUCCGCCAUUGACGCUGGUGUCAUCCUCGGCGCCAUCCUUGAAGUCGGCGACGCGAAAUCCCUAUCCCACUCUUCUCUUGACUCUUCCAACUUUGUGGGUGCCCAGUCCCAGGCCCAAGACGCCGACCCCACAAAUUCAACCUCCGCCGGAGAAGAUGCCCAAGAGCACAUAAUAGCUCGCUUCUGGACCGCCUAUGACGCCCUCGCCAGCAUUGACAUCCUCACCACGCACAUCUCCACCGCGCAAUACCUGCACAAAGCCAUCCUCCGCACAGGCACCACGCUCAUCGAGAAAAAGCAGAUCCGCCAUCUGCGCGCUUUCCGCAUGGCCGUUGUCAAAGAAGGGCCAGACGUCCAGCUGUUCACGCACCCGGGCGCGUUAACUAAACUAGCGCUGUGGAUUGCUGAGGCGAUCGUCGAGCUGAACGGGACAAAGGGGCGGAAUAGGGGGAGCGAGCUUGUGAUGGCGGGGCUGGAUGAGAGUCGGGGCAGAUAUGUCGUCGUCGGCCUGGGCGGCGGAGGGGCUACGGAGUCGACGCGGGAGCGGAUUGCGAAGCGCGAAGCACGUCAAAAAGCCCGAGACGCUAAGAAGGCGGCGAAGGCGGCGGAGAUGGAGAAGAAGAGGCAAGCCCGCUUGGCGCGCUUGGAAGCCGCGGGGCUGGACGACGAUGAGGUGGAAGACGAGACGGAGGACGAAGACAGCGAUGAAGAUGAGGAGAGUGACGAGGAGGAGGAGAAGGAGAGAGGGCAGGGGCGCAACAGGUUCGGAAAUGCGUUCCAGGAGGUUGUGCGGGAGACGGGGGCGCGGGUAAGGAUGGACAGUUUCGAGGCGUGCGUGAUCGAGAUCCGGAAGGAGGAUUUGAGUGGGUUUUUGGAGCGGCUGAGUAUGAAGGCUGUUGUGGGAUAGCCUCUGGGAAGGGGACAUGUGGAACGGCACCUCUUUCGGCGUUUGCCUGUUUUGGGAAAUGGCGAUGAUGAAUGGGCUUAGGUUACACGCUGUUUUGGCGACGGGCAUAUGUUUUACUUGGGGCAUUUAUAGCAAGCAAUCGCAUCUCGUUUUCAC